AUGCACAGAGAGACAGAUUUACUGGAACACGUACCUCUGUCUUUGAAUGAGGCAGCGCAUGAAAGGGUGCUGCAUCUGGCAGAUGAAUUUGUUUAUUCUCGCGUCGACCACUCAUCUCCCGCAGAGCCCAGCUCUUCUUCGGGGCUCUCGUCUCUCGUAGACCCAACUUCGGGUCGGCCACUUCAACCAAGCGCGUGUGUUCAGGUCGGCCUGCACAUUAUGCCGGUGUUGGUAUGCAGGCAUGCGGGUAGACAGACUCGGUUGGGCUUUGAAGCCGGUCGGUUGUCUAAUGAGAUUUGCAGUCCUCACGAGACGAGAAAUACACACAUGAUUGGGCCGAUGGAGGCCACUUGUUCCUAA